UUCUUCUCCCUUUCUCUCCUCUGGUUUCCCCUUUUCUCCGGCGAAAAAAUCACUGUAAAACCCACCCACCCCACAAUGGCUACAAAUGAUGUAUCUAAUGAUGUACCCAGUGUGAUUCUUGGAAGUUGUCGAUACAAAAAUCAACUUCACAUUAUUUCCAUAAAAAGUAAUUCGACAUUAAUGGAGAUAUAUGGUGCUAUUAUCAACAAAUGGAAUCAUAUCCAUCCAGAUGCACUGAUCCUCCAAUACUUGGCUCCUCGGGAAAGAUUGUAUGUGACAUUGGGCACUGAUGAAGAUGUGGAGAAUAUGGUUGCAUUGCAUCUGAUAAUGAAGAUGAGUGUGGUCGACAUUGUCGUGACCUGCAAAGAUGAAGCUAAUUCGCGUGGAAAGAGGGUUCGCACCGAUGGCUGGGAGGACAAGAUGGAGGAGAGCUUACAUGAUUGCCCAUUCAAGUGA